AUUUUGCUUCUAGUGCAUCAAAUUUGCCUUCAAAUAAAAGGCAAAGUUUUCAAGAAUCAACUAAUAGCCAAUAUCAAGAAAUUGAACAACCAGCUGAGACAAUUUUUAGCGACGAAGAGAAUGAGCGAUAUCUAGAUGAAGGCGAAGAGACAUCGGUUACAACUCAAGUACGCAAUGCCAAUAACCAAACUCGAGGAAUUAAAGAUAAAUACAACCGCAGAAAGACAUCGGAUGUUACUACACCGGUACCAGCUUCUAAAGCAUCAAACUUGCCUUCAAAUAAGAAGCAAAGUUUUCAAAAGUCAACUACUAACCAAUAUCAAGAAAUUGAACCAAUUGAAACAAUUAGCAGCGACAAAGGGAGUGAACAAUAUCUAGAUGAAGGUGAAGAAACAUCGGCUAAUAAUUAUGAUUCUCUUGGGGAUUUGAAUACUAAGAAAACCUUAUAUACCUCAACAGUGCUUCCUUCAAGGCCUAUAGUUACGACUUUGACAGAAAAAACAUCACACGUAGAAAUAACAACUUCAAAUAAUAGAAAUGAUUUUGAGUUACCUCUUAAUCUUUCUAAUAAGUUUGAGGUGGCCCUGUGGUUAGCAUGUCAACCACAAAUUUUGAAUUUAGCUAUUGAUAUUCGAGAUGCAAUGUCAGAUCAAAUAUCAAAUAAUGGUAAUAAUAAUGAAUUAUCAUCGAAUAUUACUCAUCUGUAUAAUCCUAAGCUGGCUCAACAAGAAAUUAAGCAG